UCUCGGUGGAGGCUCGGCCGGCUCCUCUCUCGCGGUUCCGAGGCGGCGGCGGCUGCUCUUGCCCUCUCGCUCUCCCUCUCGCGUCUCCCGCUGCAGGUGGAAAGCAAGCCAGCCAAGAUGGAUAUCUACGACACUCAGACCUUGGGGGUUGUGGUCUUUGGCGGGUUUAUGGUUGUUUCUGCCAUCGGCAUCUUCCUGGUGUCAACCUUCUCCAUGAAGGAGACGUCAUAUGAAGAAGCCCUUGCCAACCAGCGCAAGGAGAUGGCGAAAACUCACCACCAGAAAGGAGAGAAGAAAAAGAAGGAGAAAACCGUGGAGAAGAAAGGAAAGACCAAGAAAAAGGAAGAGAAGCCUAAUGGGAAGAUACCUGAACACGACCUGGAUCCCAAUGUGACCAUCAUCCUCAAGGAACCAAUGCGCGUACCAGCUGUGGCUGUGGCUCCAACUUCAGUCCAUUCCUCUGUGGGCCGUACCCCUGUAGCCACUGUACCAGCCAUGCCUCAGGAAAAGCUGGCUUCCUCCCCUAAGGACAAAAAGAAGAAGGAGAAAAAAGUGGCAAAGGUGGAGCCAGCAGUCAGUUCUAUUGUGAAUUCCAUCCAGGUUCUUGCUUCAAAGUCUGCCAUCUUGGAAGCCUCACCCAAAGAGGUGCCUAUGGUGGCUGUGCCCCCCGUGGGCUCUAAGGCCAGUGCUCCUGCCACCAGCAGUCAGGGCAAGAAGGGGCAGGGAGCCCAGAACCAGGCCAAGAAGGGGGAGGGAGCCCAGAACCAAGCUAAGAAGGGGGAGGGGGUCCAGAACCAAGCUAAGAAAGGAGAGGGUGCCCAGAACCAGGCCAAGAAGGGGGAGGGGGCCCAGAACCAAGCUAAGAAGGGGGAGGGGACCCAGAACCAGGCCAAGAAGGGGGAGGGGGCCCAGAACCAAGCUAAGAAGGGGGAGGCCCAGAACCAGGCUAAGAAGGGGGAGGGGACCCAGAACCAGGCCAAGAAGGGGGAGGGAGCCCAGAACCAAGCUAAGAAGGGAGAAGCCCAGAACCAGGCUAAGAAGGGGGACGGGGCCCAGAACCAGGUCAAGAAGGGAGAGGCUCAGAACCAGGCCAAGAAGGGCGAAGGGGGCCAAAACCAGGCCAAGAAGGGGGAGGGAGCCCAGAACCAAGCUAAGAAAGGUGAGGGGGUCCAGAACCAGGCCAAGAAGGGGGUAGAAGACCACAAAGAGCGCAAAAAGGGGGAGGCAAACCAAAACCAGGCCAAGAAGGGGGAGGGAGGCCAGAAUCAAACUAAGAAGGGGGAAGGACUCCAGAACCAAGGCAAGAAGGGAGAAGCAACUCAAAAACAGGACAAAAAAAUAGAAGGAGCCCAGAAUCAGGGCAAGAAGCCAGAGGGAACCCCAAACCAAGGCAAGAAGGGAGAGGGGGCCCAGAACCAAGGCAAGAAGGGGGAGGGGGCCCAAAACCAAGGCAAGAAGGGGGAGGGGGCCCAGAACCAGGGCAGGCAGAAGGGGGCCCAGAACCAAGGCAAGAAGGGGGAGGGGGCCCAGAACCAGGGCAAGAAAGGGGAGGGGGCCCAGAACCAAGGCAAGAAAGGGGAAGGGUCUCCUAACCAGAACAUAAAAGUAGAGGGUAUGCAAAACCAGGGCAGAAAAGCAGAAGGAACCCCAACUCAGGGCAAGAAAAUGGAGGCGGCCCAGAACCAGGGUAAAAAGAUGGAAGGGGCCCAGAAUCAGAUGAAGAAAGGGGAAGGGGCCCAAAACCAAGGCAAGAAAGGGGAGGGGCCUCAAAACCAGAGCAAAAAAGCAGAGGGGGUUCAAAGUCAGGGCAAGAAAGGGGAAGGGUCCCAGAAUCAGGGCAAAAAGGGGGAUGGAAAUCCCAACCAAGGCAAGAAGGGGGAGGGGGCUCCCAACCAGAACAGAAAGACAGAUACAGUUGCUAAUCAGGGCACAAAGACAGAGGGUGUCUCAAACCAGGUGAAAAAGUCAGAGGGGUCCCCCAAUCAGGGAAAAAAGGCAGAGGGAGCCCCAAAUCAAGGCAAAAAGGUAGAAGGAUCCCCCAACCAGGCCAAAAAGGUGGAUGCAGCUGCCGGUCAGGGUAAAAAGUCGGAGAUGGCUCCUGCUCAGGGUAAAAAUGCAAGCAUGGUCCAGAGCCAGGAGGCACCAAAGCAAGAGGCACCUGCAAAGAAGAAGUCAAAGAAAAAAGGAGAGCCUGGGCCCCCAGAUUGCGACAGCCCUCUCUUCCUGCCCUACAAGACACUGGUCUCCACAGUUGGAAGCAUGGUGUUCAGUGAGGGCGAGGCCCAGCGGCUUAUUGAGAUCCUCUCUGAGAAGACUGGAGUCAUUCAAGACACCUGGCAUAAGGCCACUCAGAAGGGUGACCCUGUAGCAGUUCUGAAGCGCCAACUAGAAGAGAAAGAAAAGCUGCUGGCCACAGAGCAAGAGGAUGCAGCUGUCGCCAAGAGCAAACUAAGAGAACUCAACAAGGAGAUGGCUUCAGAGAAGGCCAAGGCUGCGGCUGGGGAGGCCAAGGUGAAGAAGCAGCUGGUAGCCCGGGAACAGGAGAUUGCAGCUGUGCAGGCGCGGAUGCAGGCCAGCUAUCAGGACCAUGUGAAGGAAGUGCAGCAGCUGCAGGGCAAGAUCCGGACUCUUCAGGAACAGCUGGAGAAUGGCCCUAACACUCAGCUGGCCCGCCUACAGCAGGAGAACUCCAUCUUGAGGGAUGCCUUGAAUCAGGCUACCAGCCAGGUGGAAAGCAAGCAGAACACAGAACUGGCAAAACUCCGACAGGAACUCAGCAAGGUCAACAAGGAGCUAGUGGAAAAGUCAGAGGCCUCCCGGCAGGAGGAACAACAACGGAAGGCUCUAGAAGCCAAGGCAGCCACCUUUGAGAAGCAGGUUCUACAGCUGCAGGCAUCCCACAAGGAGAGUGAGGAGGCUCUGCAGAAGCGCCUGGAGGAGGUCACCCGGGAGCUGUGCCGGGCACAGACGAGCCAUGCCAACCUCCGAGCGGAUGCUGAGAAGGCUCAGGAACAGCAGCAGCGAGUGGCAGAGUUGCACAGCAAAUUACAGUCCUCGGAGGUGGAGGUAAAAAGCAAGUGUGAAGAGCUGAGUAAUCUCCAUGGGCAGCUCAAGGAGGCCAGGGCGGAGAACUCACAGCUCACAGAGAGGAUCCGUUCUAUCGAGGCCCUUCUGGAAGCAGGCCAGGCCCAAGACUCCCAGGCCAGCCGAGCUGAGGCCGACCAGCAGCAGACCCGUCUCAAGGAGCUGGAAUCACAGGUGUCGUGUCUGGAGAAGGAGACCAGUGAGCUCAAGGAGGCUAUGGAGCAACAGAAAGGGAAGAACAAUGACCUCCGGGAAAAGAACUGGAAGGCCAUGGAGGCCCUGGCCUUAGCUGAGCGGGCGUGUGAGGAAAAGCUGCGCUCCCUGACCCAGGCCAAGGAGGAAUCAGAAAAGCAGCUACAUCUGGCUGAGGCCCAGACCAAGGAGGUCCUACUGGCCUUGCUCCCGGAGCUCUCUGUCCCAGCUCACCAGAAUUAUGCUGACUGGCUACAGGAAGUCAAAGAGAAGGGCUCUGAGCUGCUGAAGAAGCCACCUGCUUCCGUAGAGCCCUCCUUGGACAUAGUCUCAAAGUUGAAGGAAGCUGAGGAGACCCAGAACUCUUUGCAGGCUGAGUGUGACCAGUACCGCACCAUCCUGGCAGAGACGGAGGGUAUGCUCAAAGACCUGCAAAAGAGUGUGGAGGAGGAAGAGCGUGUGUGGAAAGCCAAGGUGGGAGCUGCCGAAGAGGAGCUCCAGAAGUCACGGGUUACAGUGAAACAUCUAGAAGACCUUGUGGAGAAGCUAAGAGGAGAACUUGAAAGCUCAGAUCAGGUGAGGGAGCACACUUCCCAUCUGGAAGCGGAGCUGGAGAAGCACAUGGCAGCUGCCAGUGCAGAGUGCCAGAAUUAUGCCAAGGAGGUGGCAGGGUUGAGGCAGCUUCUGCUAGACUCUCAGUCUCAGCUGGAGGAAGCCAAGAGUGAAGCCCAGAAACAAAGCAAUGAGCUUGCUCUGGUCAGGCAGCAGUUGAGUGACAUGAGGAGCCACGUAGAGGAUGGUGACGUGGCUGGGUCUCCAGCUGUCCCUCCAGCCGAGCAGGACCCUGUGAAGUUGAAAACACAGCUGGAGCGGACAGAAGCCACCCUGGAGGAUGAGCAGACACGGCGGCAGAAGCUCACAGCAGAGUUUGAGGAGGCUCAAAGUACAGCGUGUCGGUUACAAGAAGAGCUGGAGAAGCUCCGUGCUGCUGGCCCCCUGGAGUCUUCAGGAAUAGAAGAAGUUACACAGCUGAAGGAGAGACUAGAAAAAGAGAAGAGGUUAACAAGUGACCUGGGACGUGCUGCUACCAAACUUCAGGAACUGUUGAAGACAACCCAGGAGCAGCUGACAAAAGAGAAGGACACAGUGAAGAAGUUGCAAGAACAGCUGGGAAAAGCAGAGGAUGGUAGCAGCUCAAAGGAGGGAACCUCUGUCUGAGUCUCCUCGGCAAACUGUUCAACUUACCAAAAUGCCUUACACAUUCCUUACAAAUAAACCAACCAACACAGCGUUAUCCAGGCCCAACUUCUAGUGAAGCCAUUGGAGACAAGUCUCAGAACCACAGAAAUAAAUCUUCCAGAACCCCAGUCUGUAAAAGAACCUUUGUCACAUUUGAUAAACACUAUUCCCGGGAGCAGCCCUGGACCACCUCGAGCAGACGCCAAAGCCCUCCUCAAUGCUGACAGACCAGGGUGUGCUGGGAGUCCAGGACGCUCGGGAUCAUGUCAAUCAGUGCAAUUGUCUGUAUUUCUCAGUGGGGCCGGGUUGGGAAGCAACAGGCCAGGUGGUGAGUUCUUAGAGGCUGCUGAGCAGACUGGAGGGCCCCAGCCCAGCCCAGCCCAGCAAGGCUGCAGCCCCUCACCCCUGGAAGUUGCCAAGCAGAACUGACAUGUGACUGCCUGGAUGUCAAUGCCAUUAAAACCAACGUGUUGCCCGGCA